UUUUUAAUCACAGCUCGUAGGCAACAUUGUAAAAUACACUUUGGCCAAAACAUGCUUUAAAUGGUGCAGUAAAGUCUACAUCUAAAUGCGGUUGAUGGACGGAACGAAUCACGUAGACUACUAAAAACACAUUCCAAACAUCGUGAAUUAAAGCUGAAAUGUGUUACUGCACAUCACCGCUCAGUAAACACUACAGUGCAUUACGUGUCUUGUUUGGUAACUGUACCUUGCUACACGUGCAUGCAGACUACUUCAGGAACGGCCACACCCCCUUAUUUCUCAUUGGACAACGUUUCAUUUGAGUCCCGCCAUAUAUGGACUGUAAUUGAUCCAACAGUCCCACUUUAGACGUCCAUCAUCUAGUGUUGCGCACUGUUAUUGGUUAAAGGAAUCUACCUCUUCGUCCCGUCACAUCUGGGUUCCGCCUACUUAUUAAAAGUCGGACUGUGGUUGGUGCAAGGUCAAGUCACUCAAAAUUGAACUUCCGGGUGUGGAAUCGUUGCAAAACAGUGGUGGAGGAGGACAGUCACUGGGAAAACCCUGGAUAACACCGCUAUUUGAAAAUGAUGCUAUCAGAAAUGCUUCAGGUUCUGCGUGGGGCAGGUAAAGUGGGGUCUGCCCUGGUCACCACCCAGGGAGAGCAGCUCCGAUUAAUGGCCUGCAACUCCUCCAUGGCAGCAGGGGUCAAAGCUGCUCAGGAUGUGGUAGAAGGACUGGUGGGCACCUUUACAGGCGGCAGCAGUGAGCAACAGUCAAUAAAGGAGGAUGUGUUUCCGGAUGCUGAGGGUUGGGAGAAUAUGGACCCUAAUGAAGUAGCCAAAUGGUCCGUGGGCUCCGAGUUCCCCCCUGAUGCUUCGGAGCACAGCCAGACAGAAGUUGGAGGAGUUCCUCCCCCCUCAGGAGCAUCUCCUGCAGGGGCAGGCUGGCCAGGACAGAGCGCCCGCUUCCUCCACACCACCCACAACUUCCACCGGCACUACUACCAGACCAGGUCUGUCCAUGACACAGUGGUUGCCAGACUCACACCAGAGGACAUCAAGAAAGCCAGGGAGGCCAAGCAGGCGCUGGUCAAACCUGUCCGACAGAAGCUGAGCGACCGUGCCAGAGAGAGGAAGGUGCCCGCCACAAGAAUUAGCAGGCUGGUUAAUUUUGGAGGACUGGCAGUAGGACUGGGGAUUGGUGCCAUUGCAGAAGUGGCAAAACAGUCACUAGGAGGCAAACACAAAGGAGAUGUGAAUGCCCUGUUAGACUCUCCUCUCCUGUCAGAGGCCAAUGCUGAGAGAAUUGUCAACACACUGUGCAAGGUCCGUGGGGCUGCACUCAAGAUAGGACAGAUGCUCAGCAUUCAAGACAACUCCUUCAUCAAUCCCCAGCUACAGAGGAUCUUUGAGAGGGUCCGGCAGAGCGCAGACUUUAUGCCUGCUUGGCAGAUGAAUAAAGUUCUAGAGGAGGAGCUGGGGCCCGGCUGGAGAGAGAAGCUGUCAUCCUUUGAAGACAAACCAUUUGCUGCGGCAUCCAUCGGCCAAGUGCAUCAUGCAGUGUUAAAAGACGGCAGAGAAAUCGCCAUGAAGAUCCAGUACCCUGGAGUGGCAGAGAGCAUCCACAGUGACAUAAACAACCUGAUGUCUGUUCUGAAAAUGAGUGUCAUCCUGCCAGAAGGACUGUUUGCAGACAGCAGCCUAGAGGUCCUUCAGAGGGAACUGGCAUGGGAAUGUGACUACAAGAGGGAAGCAGAGUGUGCCAAGAAGUUCAGGUCCCUGCUGGAGGGAAAUGAGCUAUUCCAAGUACCAGAGGUGAUCGAUGAGCUGUCAGGCCGCAGGGUGCUGGCUAUGGAGCUGGUACAGGGAGUCCCACUGGACCGCUGUGUAGACCUGGACCAGGAGACCAGGAACCAGAUCUCAUACAACAUCCUCCAGUUAUGUCUCAGGGAGCUGUUUGAGUUCCGGUUCAUGCAGACUGAUCCGAACUGGUCCAACUUCUUCUACAACUCAGACACCAACAAGGUUGUUCUGCUGGACUUCGGAGCGUGCAGAGACUACCCAGAGUCAUUCACGAAUGACUACAUACAGGUUGUGCACGCAGCCUCUGUGGGUGAUCGAGCCACUGUUCUUUCCAAAUCAAAGGACCUGAAAUUCCUGACAGGCUUCGAGGCCAAGGCCUUCGCAGACGCCCACGUGGAGGCGGUGAUGAUCCUCGGCGAAGCCUUCGCAUCCGCAGAGCCCUUCGACUUUGGCACCCAGAGCACCACCCAGCGCAUCCAGAGCCUCAUCCCCGUCAUGCUCCGCCACCGCCUCACCCCUCCACCAGAGGAGACGUACUCCCUCCACCGCAAGAUGGCCGGCUCCUUCCUCAUCUGCUCCAAACUGAAUGCACGCAUACAGUGCAGGGACAUGUUCCUAGAGGUGUACAACAGCUACAACCAGAGGAGGCAGAUGGAGCAAGCGGCACACGCUGCCGCUUAGAGGGACAAGGCCACUGCUGCUUUAUCAGGGGAAAGGGACAGAAAAGAUGGAGUCUACAAGUGCAGAGGCUGGAUCAGACUUACCUGAGACUUUAUACCAUGUUAAUAUAUAAGAGACAAUGCCCACAUGCUCAUGAUGAGGAGCAUGAAUGUGCUUGACUUUCUAUGCCUUGGAGUCUCCUUUCAGUGCUUCAGUUUGACAUGAUUGUGAGAGUAUCAUGAUUGUGAUGUGUAUAAUGAAGAUUCAACGUUGAGGCCUGGCUAAACUCUCAGACUCAUGUGCAGACAAACAUAAAUACUUAAUUAUUAACUAUGACAUGACACUUGAUCAUCAAGGUUUUUGUAUGACAAAACAAUGACCUCAAACUCAUACAUCUAUGCUGCUGGAAACUGAAAUGGUCAUAGUGGAGAGGAAGGAACGGUCCAGAUCCUGGCUUCAUUUCGCAUAGAAAGAUGACACCAGUGCUAGUUGUAAUUUCCGUUAAGUGAUAAUUUCAAGUAAGGAUGGAGGCCCCAGCUGCCAGCUGAAACAUCUGUCUACUCAACACGGGUUUAAUCUCCAAAAAUGACAUUGAUUUUGACACUUUAUUCAUGAGUGGUGUUUUCCAGCUGAGCAGCACGUCAGUUAAGGAGGAUGAAUAUUCUGUAUUAUAAGAACAUUCAGACUCAGAGAUAAUAAAAUGGUUGUGUGUUGAUACUGUAAACCUG